AUGGUUCAGGGAUUUGCACCAGUCGAAAAUUGCCAUUCCACGUGUGUCACAAUUUUCGAGCCACAAUAUUUUGGAGGUCUUCAAUCUCUGCAACGCCCAUUCCUGUACAUUCGUGGAUGCGCGGAUCACAUAUUCUCCGAAAUGAAGGACCGCCCAAUCGAAGUGGAAUUUCUCCAUAGAUCACCGAUUUGUGUGAAAUUGCAGCUAUCACAAAUCUAUCCACAAGUUCAAGCAAACGAAAUAGUGCAAGUGUGCUCCUGUGACAAAGACGGAUGUAAUUUCGACUCGAUCAACGAUUCGACCACUUCGAAAAUGAACUCAGCCUUUAUUGUUAGUGUUUUUAUCAUUGGUUUUCAUUUAUACUUGUUUUAA